CAGCCUGGUUCGGCUGGAGAGAGCGUGGGGCGUGCGGAGUCAGCGGGGAGAAUCGGCUCAAAUUUUACGCCGCUGCGCAGACGCCUCUCACGGGCCGGACGUGACGUAGGAAGAGUUCCGGCUUCGGCCUCCGCCGCUGCCGCCGCCGCCGCUACUAGAGCCGCCGCUGCUGCCGCCGACGCCGUCGGGGCUUGUUAUUUCUAAAAUGGCGCCCCUAGACUUGGACAAGUAUGUGGAGAUAGCGCGGCUGUGCAAGUACCUACCGGAGAACGACCUGAAGCGGCUAUGUGACUAUGUUUGUGACCUCCUUUUAGAAGAGUCAAAUGUCCAGCCAGUAUCAACACCAGUAACAGUGUGUGGAGACAUACACGGACAGUUUUAUGACCUUUGUGAACUAUUCAGAACUGGAGGUCAGGUUCCUGACACAAACUACAUAUUUAUGGGUGAUUUUGUAGACAGAGGUUACUAUAGUUUGGAGACCUUCACUUACCUUCUUGCACUAAAGGCUAAAUGGCCUGAUCGUAUUACACUUUUGCGAGGAAAUCAUGAGAGUAGACAGAUAACACAGGUGUAUGGAUUUUAUGAUGAGUGCCAAACCAAAUAUGGAAAUGCUAAUGCCUGGAGAUACUGUACCAAAGUUUUCGACAUGCUCACAGUAGCAGCUUUAAUAGAUGAGCAGAUUUUGUGUGUUCAUGGUGGUUUAUCUCCUGAUAUCAAAACACUGGAUCAAAUUCGAACCAUUGAACGGAAUCAGGAAAUUCCUCAUAAAGGAGCAUUUUGUGAUCUGGUUUGGUCAGAUCCUGAAGAUGUGGAUACUUGGGCAAUCAGUCCCCGAGGAGCAGGUUGGCUUUUUGGCGCAAAGGUCACAAAUGAGUUUGUUCAUAUCAACAACUUAAAACUCAUCUGCAGAGCACACCAACUAGUGCACGAAGGCUAUAAAUUUAUGUUUGAUGAGAAGCUUGUAACAGUAUGGUCUGCUCCUAAUUACUGCUAUCGUUGUGGAAAUAUUGCUUCGAUCAUGGUCUUCAAAGAUGUAAAUACAAGAGAACCAAAGUUAUUCCGGGCAGUUCCAGAUUCAGAACGUGUUAUUCCUCCCAGAACAACGACGCCGUAUUUCCUUUGAGGCCUUCGCCCAUCCUGCUGACCCAUUUUUCCUCCCUCUUCUUACCCCAACUUUCGUGUAUUACCCUCUACAAUAUACUUUUUAUCGAGCACUUUGCUGCUGAAAUGCUGCCUCUUGCCUUUUUUUUUUUUUUAAAUUUUAAAUUAUCUAAAUUUAUUGUUUGUUCUGGUGUCUAUAGCAAUGUUUUUCUAUCAGUUUUCUCCCCCAUCCCAUCCCCACCUUGGACUCAUUUGAGAAGACUUGAGAAAUGUCUUAAUACUCUCACACUGCUGCAUGUAGCUCUUGCUUAUUUACUGGUCUGGGGGAAACAGGAUGUGUUUCCUCUUUUUUUAAAAAGCCAAUUGACAGAACAGACUACCCCGAAAUGCUCCUCCUUUUGUAUCAUUCAGGCUUUUGUUUUAGUUUGGUAAGUUUUAAGAAAUUUCAGCAGCAAAGUUGUUAUUCAAUGGGCACGAUGGACUGCAAAUGCCUCGAGUUAUGUAUACCUGUCCCAGCUGUAAACUUCAUUGUCCUUUGUUGGAUGAUAUUUUAAAUGGAUAUAAAAUAAAUUGGUCUAAAGGGCUGCCCUCCUUGUUGUGUUUUUAAAUUUUAGUUAAAACUGCUAUAGCUUAUGACUUUGUACAGUAAGAUAAUUGUAUUGAUCUUUUUUCAGAUUCCUUGUAUUUUUUAAUAAAGUAAUCUUAAAUAAAACCCAGAUAGGUUAAAGUGUUAGAAAUUUUAAACAGCUUACAUUGUUAGUUUAAAGUUAUUCUCCCCCCCACCCCCCAAAUCAGAGUUUUUGACCCUUUGGUUAUUGAGUUUAAAACUUCAACUGAAAUUCAGUACUAUUUAUUUAAAAAAAUAAAAAUCACUAAACUGUGCCUAAAGAACAUAACUGCCAUAUUAAUGUUUUGGUUUAUAUUCUCUAUAGUAAUAGAAAAACAUUUAAUACUUGUAAUGCUGAUGUGUUCAUUUGAUACCAGUUAAGUAGAAUGUGAUCGAUCCAGUUUACAAUCUAUCAUGAGUAUCAUUAAGUAAAAUCUGUGUACUUUUCAAUAGGAAUCAUUCUCCUCUUGCUGUAACACUUGACCUUAACUUUUAGAAAGUGUUCAUUUUUUAACUGCAACUGGAAAGGUUGAAAAGUCAGGACUCUUGUAUUUGUGAACUGUAAUUUGAAGCAAAUUUUAAAAAGUGUAGAAAGAAACAAAUUGUCCUAUUUUGUAAAGGUCUGUGAUACCGUGUUUCGGCUUUGUGUAAGUAAUUUGAAUAUCCAAAGGGUGUGAUGAUCAGUUCUUUAUAUGCAACUGUCCACUUAAUAAGGACAAGUGUUCCAGUGUCUCUUAUGACUGUGGUCAUAAAUGAUGUUGGAAUUCACUAUUUUGUGAAAUAGUUGGUAUCCCUUUACUACUAUAAUUAAUUUUUGUCAUUCCAGGAAAUCUUUGUGAAGCCAGCCAAUUAAUAAAGCACUUUAGUAUCUGUUCAGGUAGUUUUGAAAACCAACUUUUCCCCUUCAGGAUAAGAACUUCCAGGUUACCUAAAAAUGCAAUAAAAAUCUUUAUAGUCUAAGCUUCUUGGCACAUAAUUUUUCAUCAGGGUUUUUCUUUUAUUAAAUGAGCACAAUAAUAUUUUGAUUUUUAUUUUCUGCAACCACCUAGCUCCUUGUUUAGUUUUUAAUUGUAUAGCUAUAUGAAAGAAGUGGCUAAGACAUUUGCUGCACACACUUGAACUGUUGGGUCAGUAGCUUUGUGUUACUGCCCUGACCCCAGUGUAAUUCAGGGGGAAAGGUAUUUUUUAUCUUACAGGGAUAUGUAGCUAUGUAUUUUAAUAAUUGUGAAACACUGGAAAUUAAUGAUGCAGACAACUUGGUGUGGUCUUUGAACAGCUCUCUGCAGUGUUUUUUUCUGUUACCAUAAAUUGUAUUUUAAGUGCUUGCUCUCCUCUGCUUUUAAGUUGUACCAAUAAAAUCGGUAACCUCAGCCCUCCCUUCCCAUUUGACACUCCUUAGCUUAGAACGAUGUAGUUGUUUUAGUUAUCCCUGUAAUGUGACCUUUAUUUUUAAGUCAUGGUGUACUGCAUUUGUUUGUCACUAGUUGGGCAUGUGCCAAUAAUAUUCUGUCCAUUCCUUAACUGCCAUCUCUAUUUUGUCUUUUUUUUUUCUCUUCAGCUGAGUAAUGGCUUUUUUGCAUGAAAAAAAUAGUUUUUACUAUUAGACAUGUAAAGGGAAGAGAGAGUGAAUGUAUUGGACUUUGUAAGCCUAAAAGGAACAUUUGGAUCCCUCUACUAAAUAAGGGCUAUGUACGAUAUAGAGUAAUCAUGUAGUGGAAGAUACUUGGAAGUCAUAGAUUUGUAGGCAGGAGGCUCUGUUACUCCCUGUAUGUAGGCUGAAUGUAAAAUCCUUUAUGUUGUAUUAAUGGGGGUAAUAACUAUUUUUAUUUGCUGAUGAUAAUACUUGGUUUCUAAUAAAGUGUCCUAGGCUCUAGUGAGAACUGUCUACUUUUAAUUGCCAAUUACUCCCUUUCCCUUUUCCUGAUAUGCUCUUGGCUAGCUUUUUAUAGGUUAAUGCUUUUUCCUGAAAUAUCUCACUACUUUAAAUGUGUUCAUUUGGGUGUGAUCCUAAAAAGUCUGAAUCAAGAGCACAUCUGAUAUGCAACCUGCAUCAGCUCCUGUUCCAUCUGGAUGACCAGAACUGUUGGAAGAUUGUGACGUCUUAAACCCUGGGUUUUGCUUUUGAAAUAAGGUUUGAAAUAUUGUUCAUUGCAUUCAGAUUGGUGUGUUUCUGCUUUGUAAGCCCAACACCAGGUUUUGAAAAUGCCUGUAUUGCGAAAGCAAAUCUGAACUCUUUCUGAGCCUCUUUCGUUGUCAGAAAUAGAAUUGCUUUCCAUCAGCCUCCAGAAAAUUGUGUAUCUGGAGUUGAAGAGAUUUAACAGCACGGAUCCAGAUUUUUAAAUGUAAUUGUUUUUUAAAUGCUAAUGUUUGUAAAGCACCUUCAGUUCCUUGGAUGAAAGGUGCUAUAUUCUCUCAGUGUAAAUUAAUAAAAAGAUUGUAGGAAGUUUGUCAGAAACUUUUAUCUAAUGCAUAGUCUGUAGCCUGUCCCGACAAGUUAGCAUUUUAUAUAACACAAUUUAAAUUAAAAAAAUGCUUAUUCCUUCACUUGGUUGCUUGACUAGUAAACAGAAGUGAAACUUUCUCUUGUUCUGCAUUUGACUUUGAGCUAAGUGUUCUAGUUCUUUAAAGGCAAGUUUCAUUGUUAUGUCCUGGACCCAGUGCCCAGAACCAUGCAUCAUGAGAUCAUCCCAACCCUUUCAAUUAUAUGUGUACAGUGCGCCUUCAUGCUGAUGAAUAUACAGUAGUAAAACACCAAAAAGCAUUUGGAAAUUCCCCUGGUGUGGUGCCAGACACAGUAGCUGCCGGGGGGAAUGUUUGUUCCUUAUUCUCCUCCUCUUAAUUUUCUAUUUCCUUAUCAGUCAGUUGGUGAUUGCCUUUCUUACCCUCAUGAGAGAUUAUGCUGGCUUGGAUCACUCAAAUAUUUCCUUUAUUCAAAUUGCAUGAAAUUUAUGAGGAAUUUUUUGUGUGUAUCAACAAGAAUACUUGCUACAUAAGUAUAUUCCACUAAAUCCCUAGACACCCACUAUUGUUCUCAGCACUCUGCUUUUGUGUAUAAAUGGGAAUGAGAUCUAAAAGAUUGCAUGGAGGCAUUAUGGAAUAGUGUAAAGAAUAUAGGCUCUGGGAUCAGAUCUAGGUAAAAAACCCAGCUCUGCCAGGCAGUAAGAGCUAACUUAGGUAAAUGCCGUAUGUGCCCUAUUUUGUCUUUACCUUGGCCAUGGUUCUAUGACUGUAUUACCUGUCCCCACCUCCCACCCCCUGUCCCCCUUCAGAUGAAGGAACAGAUUUAGGAUAGGUAACUUUGCCAAGGUUGCAUAGGAGAGCUGGAACUUGAACCUCUUUAGGGCAUAUGAGAAUACAUCUUAAACCCUCUUAAGCCAUCUUACGCAGUAUUGGUUAUUGUAGCUGUGUGACACUGCGUGAAUUGGGUUCUCUGGAUCUUAAAAUUCUGUGUCUAAAAUAGAGAGUACCAUACAGAGUUGAUCUCAGGAUCAAAAAUAGCACAUAUAAAGUACCCAGUCCCUAGCCCAAAGCUGCCAUUUAUUGAGGGCUCAUUCUAAUAUAUCAUUUUAAUUAAAUGUAGGUGGGAAGUAAGAAUAAUUUAAGGUAAUACAUAAUUGCUGAUACAGUGUAGCUUAUGAAAGUACAACAAAUUUGGAGAAGAAAGUGAUGUAGAAUGGAGUAAUUGGGAAAGCUUAAAAGAAGUUUGAAUUAAAUGUAAACAAGAAUGGUGGGAUGUACAUUUCUUAUUUAGUAAAAUCACAGAAGCAGAGAUUAUUAGAACUUGCAUAUGACACGAAGAUAGGCCUUGAGGGUGCCCCUUGGGAAGGUUUAAGAAAUGAAUGCACAGCUCUAUUGGCAGAACCAGUUAUCAGGAGUUGGCCAGUUAUGAAAGAUCUUGAAAACCGCACAGAAUUUUAAUCCCUGUUUUUAAGAAAUGUAAUAAGUGAUAUUUCAAAAUUAGUCUUCUAGUGAGUUGAUGGCCCUUCCCACCAGGACUCCCAUUCCACCUGCCACACUCUUGUCCGACAAAUUAUUCUGUCCCCCCUUUUCUGAUUUGGUUGAGAUCAAGGCUGUUCACAGUUUGGUGAUUUGGGGAUUACAUAAAAUGUUAAUUAUGGGAACUAACAGACGUUCAACAACAUUUUUUCCCUUGUCAAAGCCACUUAAGAACCCCCAGUACAAUUUGUCAUCAUUAUUUCAUAGAAGGAAUGUCAUUUUUAACAUGAAAGAUGUAAAAAGAGUCAUCUCAGAAUAAAAGUCCUUUCUGUCAAA